GAAAUCAAAUUCACAGCUCACUUUGCCAGUAUCUGUAUACUGUUGCUUUUGCUGUCAGCUUCACCAAAGCAUCAAAACCCCUCCACCCCACCACCCUCAAAAAUCCUCCUCUCUACUCUUCACCCUAUAGAAUAUAGAACAAACAACAUAAAGAGAAUCCCCAUUUCCCAAGAAAUGCAUCAUAAUACUCUACUGUCUCUUUAGCUCUUCAAUCACAUUUUUCUGUUACACAUCCACUGUUGCUCAUCGCAAUGCACGACCCCACGCGCCACCACAGUCGCCGCCGUGAACCACCGUCACACCACCGCCGUGCUUGGUGUUGCUCCUUCACAGUUCCACCACAUAGCCCAGAAAACCCAUCUGCAUUCCCCGUUCAAAAUCCCAAGAAGAAUCAAUCUUUACUUAAACCUGAAAUACCCAUUAAGUCUUCUUCCAAUUCUUUAUCUUCUUCUUCUUUCCCUAAUUCCCCUCAAAAUACCUCUUACCGACCCGGUAUUGUCACCCGAAUUGACCCACGUCGGAUACUCUCACCGGGUCGGGUCUCCCCAAUUGACCCACCUGACCCGGCUGAGAUGCCCAAACCGGUGACGACUCCGGUUGAGUGUGAGCAGGAAAGUAGUGUUAGGGAUGAUUGUAGUUUAGGGAUCUUUGAUGUGAGGUUGAAUUUGAAGGGGAAAAAUGGGAGUGGAUUAGUAUUGGAGCUUAGUUCUGAGGUACUUAGUAAAAAUAGCUGUGUUUUUGCUGACUUAAUUGCUGAAUAUCGAAAGAAUUCGAGGGGUUUGUGCAGGAUAGAAGUGCCUGAUGUGGAGAAUUUGGGUGUUUUUCGCGAUACCAUUGAGCUUAUGUUUGAGGAGGAUAUUGCGAGGAAACUUAUCAAGGUUGGUGCUUAUCGCGCCAUCGAUGUGCUUGAGGUA